CAGUUCACAUACUACAGACAGUGUAGGUGUAGAGAAUUACAAGGCAAGCACAUGGUUACUCAGUUCUCUACAAUAUCUCAGUCAGACAGCUAGAGAGACAGAACACAGUACCUGCCAGUGUUAGGAGUAGCAGAAGCUUGAACCUGAAGACAGAAAAGUAGACACUGUACAGAGCACAAUGGACAUCUAUGCCAUCUCCUUCUGGAUUUACAUGGGAGUGAUGUCCGUGUUAGUCGGUGGCACCCUGAAGAAGUUCCUGGCUUCCCAUAUCCGUGCCAUGCCGUCGCUCGUGGCGUGGCUGGGUGCCACGCUGCUGGUGGAGAGGCUGUGCACUCUGUGUAUGCCUGCCGUCCUGGCACUCGCUGUCAUCUGUGCCACCUGUUGGCUUUACUCUCUGUGGGCUUCCCCACCACCGGUUUUGCCUGUUGAAAGCAAAGCAGUCUUAAUCACAGGGUGUGACACUGGGUUCGGCCACGCCACAGCUAAGCAUUUGGACGCUUUGGGAUUCCAGGUUUUUGCGACAGUGCUGAAUGCAAACAGCGAGGGAGCAAAGCAUCUCCGGAGCAACUGCUCUUCACGUCUGACCACACUGCAGGUGGACAUUACUCAGCCUCAACAGGUUCAACAAGCACUGAUCGACAUCAAGGCCAAGCUGGGCAUGAAGGGUCUGUGGGCUCUGAUAAACAACGCAGGAGUGUGUGUGAACUUCGGUGAUGCUGAGCUCUCCCUCAUGUCGAACUACCGAGGCUGCAUGGAGGUGAAUUUCUUUGGGACCCUUGCAAUCACCCAGGCCUUCCUGCCAUUGCUGAGACAGAACAAAGGAAGAAUACUAACCAUAUCCAGCCCCUCUGGUGAGCAGCCCUUUCCAUGUCUGGCAUCCUAUGGAGCCUCAAAGGCAGCACUGAACCUUUUAAACAACACACUCCGUCACGAGUUGGAACCAUGGGGGGUCAAGGUGUCCACCAUCCUGCCUUCUGCUUUCAAGACAGGACAGAGCAGUAACACAGAGUACUGGGAGAAACAGUACCAGCACCUGCUGCAGAACCUAAAUCCAAACCUCUUAGAAGAGUACGGUGAGGAAUAUGUGCUGGAGACCAAGGAACUCUUCCAGAGGUACGCCCAAGCAGCUAAUGACGACCUAAGCCCUGUUGUCAACACCAUCGUGGAGGCGCUGUUGUCACCGCAACCUCGGCCGCACUACUACGCCGGCCCUGGUGUGGGCCUCAUGUACUUUAUUCACAGCUACUUCCCCACAAGGAUUAGCGACAAAUUCCUGCAGAAACUGUUUUUAAAGAAGAAGGUCUUGCCGCGGGCGCUCAGGAAACAAAAUAACCUGAGUCUCAUUAAUGACAAUAAUAAUGACUCCAGCAACAACAACCACAUCAUCAAGAUGAACUAGUUUUGUUGAAGCUUAGUGUACAGUUUAUAGAAAUGCUAUAGGACCACUGAUGUAAUCAAGUUAUAGUGACCUGAUGCAAAUGAGUUUUUGUUCUGUGUUGUUUUAUAAAAUGUACAAUCUAUACAAGUUGUUUUGUAUUGUUUCAAAGGGAUCACAAAAUUGGUCAAACAUUUACAAUUUGCCUUCCAACCAGCUUUUGAGAGAAGUUAUGUGGUAAUCUCUGAGCCUUUAAAAACACCACUUAAAGCAUUUACAAGCAUUGGAGGUUGGUACUCACAGGAUCAUAAAUAAAGUCUGGUUUUGCUACAUCAAAAUUGCUUAGAAAGGGGCUGUAAUAAGCUUCAGAACAGGGUCAUCAGCAGUUACAAUACAUGGACAUGUACAUUUAUUAAUGGCUGACAACAAACAGUAACAGUUUAUUUAAGUCACUGUUUUCACAGUAUUGAACAUCAUACAAACUAAUUUACAAAAAUACUUUCAAAUAUUGUGGUGUCACCUGCCACAACAGUUUGUCAUUGAUAUUGUCAUGACACAGAAGCUGUUUUAAACCUCAUAAUACAUACUAAAAGGCAAGUCAAAAUAGUAACACCACUGGCGAAACAUGUGGCAUUUAAUCAGAUGUCUGUUUAGUUAAAAGCAUUAACCAGACUUUAGAAGUGUAACUUUGUCUGCAAAUUCUCUCAGGGGUCCUCCCAAAGUUACUGUAAUAAAAUGUGUGCAUCACUGAGCCACAUUCCUAAUCACAAUUUUAUACCACUGAUGCCAGUAAGUCUGAAAUCCAUUCUAAAGUGGCGUAAAAACUAGAACAAAUCCAGGAUGAAUUUAUUUACAUUAUUUUACUUUCCUCUUAUAAUUUCCACUUGAUUCAUCCUCUUCAGUUGUUGUUUUCAUUGUAAAUAUCUUUCAUCUAUUUCUAAAGUCUCAAAUAAAGCAUUUCUAUUUCCUGGCUUAGUUAGGUAGCUCCAAGCAAUAGUCAUUAUCAUAUUUUACCCUUGCAAAACAAUGCUGUUGUAAUGUUUUUGUACUUUUGUUUCUUCUUGCUUGUUUAAAUUGAUGUUUUUUCAUAUGAGUAUUAUUAUUACAGAUCAGAAUAAUUAUUCCUGAUUCAUUACAAAUCCUGUAAACUGUGAAAUUUUAUACAAAACUAAUAAAAGAAGCUCAAAAUGAAA